AAGAUAGUCGACAGUCUGUCUUUCGUCACGAUCGUGCACGGUCGCGAGCCUUGCGUUCGUUUAGUCAUAUUUCAACCGUUUAACCCCCUCGUUUAUUUACACGUACCUUUAAGGUGCUCUUCAGGGGCACACAGACGGUGUUCGAUCGAGUGUGGGUGGAUGAAAUGAUCGGUUUUUACCUCGAAAUGGAUUAAUGGUUCACUUUUCCACAACUGUUAUCUUUGAAGAUUAAUGAAGAAUAUAGGUAUAACGAGGAUAGAGUGGCUCAUGCCGGUACUUUGAGCUGAAAUAAUUGGAUUACUAGCGACUCGUGUUGUUCAGUGUGCAAGAAUUCACAGUGCCAUAUUUUGUUCAGUUUUGAAUUGUGUUUGGAUUGAAAUUCUGUUUAUUUCCACUCUUCUACACUCCAACUCAAUAGAAAGAAUCAACAAGGAGAGAGUUAACCGUUUUUAUGUUGUGAUAUCAUGUCGCGGCUUGAUCCGCGUCGAUAACAGCCGUUAAUGACAGCCAUAUUCAGCACUUCCAUGAGCAGCAUGGACAUCAAGCACGAGAUGAUUUACCGUGACGAUGACUUGCUGCUAGUUAAGUCCGAGCCUGAGCUCCUCUCGCCAUGCCCGACCAGCACCAACGGUCUUCAUACCUCAUCCACCCUCAUCUGUUCGCCCUCCAACGGCCUGGUGUCCAGCCUGGCAGGCACCUCCAACCACAACGGACUCAGUAGCGCGAUAUCGCCCAACAAUAAUGGACUAUUGCUCAGCUCAGGGCCGUUCAGUAACCUCGGCACCAGCCAGUCCGCGAGUGUCCAACCGGCCAAUAAGCGACCGCGUCCGGAGGAAUGGCUGAGUUCACCCAGUCCUGGAACUAUGAGUGUCAGUGCUCCUCCACUUACCCCCUCUCCUGGUCCUCCCUCUCAUACGUACACUGUUAUAAGUAAUGGAUAUCCGUCGCCCAUGUCCUCAGGCAGCUACGACCCUUACAGUCCAACCAAUGGAAAAAUAGGUAGAGAAGAUCUCUCGCCUAGCAGCCUCAAUGGAUUCAGUGCGGAUAGUGGAGAUGCAAAGAAGAAAAAAGGCCCAACACCAAGACAGCAAGAAGAACUGUGUUUAGUAUGCGGGGAUAGAGCUUCCGGAUAUCAUUAUAAUGCGCUUACAUGUGAAGGUUGUAAAGGUUUCUUCCGGCGGAGCGUUACAAAAAAUGCUGUUUACAAAUGCAAAUAUGGCCAGAACUGUGAAAUCGAUAUGUACAUGAGGAGAAAAUGUCAAGAAUGUAGACUGAAGAAAUGUCUAGCAGUGGGGAUGAGACCAGAAUGUGUAGUUCCGGAAGUACAAUGCGCAGUGAAAAGAAAAGAGAAGAAGGCACAAAAGGAAAAAGAUAAACCAAACAGUACAACUAACGGAUCACCAGAAGCAAUCAAAAUUGAACCACAAGAGGACUGGUUUUCGAAAUUCCAGCAACCUGAUUCAGAAAAAUCAUUACCCAGUAAUGGCAAUAAAAAGGUUUCACCAGAGCAAGAGGAACUUAUCCAUCGGUUGGUGUACUUCCAGAGUGAACAUGAACAUCCCUCAGAAGAAGAUGUGAAACGAAUAAUUAACGCUCCUAUGGAGGGUGAAGAUCAGUGCGAUGUGAGGUUUCGACAUAUUACCGAAAUAACUAUAUUGACUGUACAGUUGAUAGUGGAGUUUGCAAAAAGAUUACCUGGAUUUGAUAAACUUUUGAGAGAAGAUCAAAUUGCUCUUUUGAAGGCGUGUUCGAGUGAAGUUAUGAUGUUCAGGAUGGCCAGGCGUUAUGACUUCAACACAGACUCCAUUUUGUUCGUCAACAACCAGCCAUACUCAAGAGAUAGCUACAACCUUGCUGGCAUGGGUGAAACUAUCGAAGAUCUGCUACAUUUCUGCAGAAUGAUGUAUAAUAUGAAGGUUGACAAUGCAGAAUACGCUUUACUCACAGCAAUUGUCAUUUUUUCUGAACGGCCAAACCUUAUGGAAGGCUGGAAAGUUGAGAAAAUCCAGGAAAUCUACUUGGAGGCUCUAAGGGCGUACGUCGACUAUAGGCGGGCCCAUAAGUCAGGGACGAUAUUCGCGAAACUUCUUGCUGUGUUGACAGAAUUAAGGACUUUGGGCAACCAGAACUCAGAAAUGUGCUUUUCGCUAAAGUUGAAGAACAAGAAAUUACCACCGUUCUUGGCAGAAAUAUGGGACGUCGAUAUGGUUCAUAAUUCAUAGUAGUCUCGAGAUUUAUUUCCGGUUGAUCCCGGACCGGUGAUGCUGGUUUAUUUGCUGCUGUUGAAAGUGAUGUGCACGUUAGGAGAAAAAAGAAUAAUACGUCAAAUACUUAAAGAAACAGCAGUCGGAUGGGCCGCCACCAAAUAGUUGGCUGUGACCUAUUGUAAAGUUAUUCAUUUUUUUACUAACAUAUUGUUGGACGGCAUCUAAGAAAUGUUACUGAGAAUAGAUAUAUUUAGAUAAAAAUAAGAGAUUAUUGCUCGAUUUGAACAAACUAUACGUAGAUUUUUUAUUCCUGUGCAACUUUUGUAACCACUUUAUCUCUUGGAAAAAUCGCUUACUCCAUUGGUAAGACUGGACGACUGGACUGACAUAAAAAAACAGAGGUGCCUUCAAAUGAAAGAAGUAACGGAUCAUGCGAGAUGCUGGGAAGCGGUGCAGAAAUAGAAAAUGUAGAAAAAUUCAGAUAGAGAGAAAGUUGAUGUUGAAAAGAUUAUGGAAUCAAAUGAUCUGAUGAAAAGGCUUAAGUGCAAUUUAGUAAAUUAUUUGGGAAAUUAGCCUGAUGUUUAGAAGGAUUUAUAAAUAGAAGAAUACAAUGGUGAAGCUCACUUUAUAUCUUGAAAUGCACCAAAAAUCAAACGACAACGUACUUCAAAUUGCAAAUUCGUACACAAGAGUACCGUCCGAUAAACCAAGAAUGUCUGAUGAUGAAAACAGUGAUGAGAAAUGACUUAUGGUAGUGUAAUCCGGACCUGUGCCAUGUAAGUUUUCGGGGCAUGAAAAUAAUAAUAUACACAACUUGAUAAAGACUUUCCUGCCUUUAAUGAUACAUAAGUUGGAUGUUUUAACUCUUCAUCGAUGUGUAGAUUAGUCUACUCACUUUUAUACUGUGUAAAAGCGCGUUCUUUUUGCUAAUAGAAAGAUAGAACAAUAAAUUUAAGGUUCACAAAUUAUAAAUCAUAAUCCCAUGAUUACUGAAUCAAAUCACCAUUAAGACAUUACCUCAAUCGACAUAGAUUCAAUACCUAUAUCUCUUGAAUUUAGUCUCAUACCCAUUGAAGCACCAACUUACAUGAAACUUUCCUCGAAAUUUUGCAUCAAAAACGAAAUUUUUAUGCAUUAGGUAUAAAUGUCAAUUCGAACAUGUAGUAUGAAAUCUACAUGCAAUCAUAUUUUUCUUCUUGAAAAAUAAAAUAAAUCACAAAGGGGGAAGUUCCGUGCAAUGUAUAUCUAUAUAUAAUAAUAUAUUAUAUUUACAAAUGUUCAAAUUACAAUAUAUUUGAACGAAAAAUUUUCUUUUAUUAAUUUUUUCGUUUUAUUUCAUUUUCCUUCAUUUUCUUCCAAGCUCAUUCUAUUUCUUAUCGUGUGAGAGUCAAUGGUUGUUCUUCUAUAUUUAUUAUCAUUAAAAAUUUGUGCCUUGUGAAUUUUCGUCCUUUAUUGUUUGAUAUACUGAAUUUAUAUUGUGAUUUGAACUGAAAUAACAUCAAAUGAAUAAUGAACAUAACAUUCGUCAUUGUCUAUAAUAACAUAUUUUCAUAAAGAGACAGAAAUAUUUUUCUUUGAAAAUAGGGAGACAAAUUAUUUCUGCGCCGUCUUUGCCUUAUUCAGAUUUUAUAAAAAUUUAUUUUUCUUGGGAGUCAACCCAAAUUUAUUAGAAAGUAUUGAAGGGCUUUAUAAGGUCAAAAUCGUGUGUUUCAUAUUAUUUUCAUCAGAUGAAAGUAGUAGAAGGUUCGGAAUUUAGUCUUCUAGUUAGCUCAUGAGAAUUAUGAAAUAUAUAAGAUUUCAAUAUAAAUGUACUGUUCUGACAAAGAAGGCCUUCAAAAUGUUGAAUAUUUGUUGUGUAAAUUCUCAGAAGUAUAUAUAAUUUAGGUCGGCGUUAUCCGGGGGAACAGAUUUAAUAUAUAAAUUUAGGUAGGGGUAAUAAGUGUACAAAUCGAAAAGGUACAAACUUUCAGGAAAUUAUAUAAAAUGGUCAUAGGUUGACUCCUUUUAGUUAACACUGCCGCAAGUGGCUCUGUCUCUGAAUUUCCCAAUGUAUCACAUCAUCCAAUCAUUCAAUGUCUUUGUAUCCAUGCAGUCUGAAAUUUAGAUGUUGAAUACGUAAGAUUUUACCGUAAUUUGGGAAAAUCUUGCAGCAACUGGCACAAAUUUUCACUUGAUCUUAUAAACUAUUGUUAUAUGGGCCUUAGGUGCUAUAUAAUGAAGUUCAUUAUAUAUGACUUUAAAUACCUCUUGCUCAGGUCCUAGGCUCUCUGUGUCUAGUUUUUUUUGUUAUUCUUAUGCGAUGGCUCCUGUUGCAAUAUCAAUAUUUGAAACAGCAAAUAAAUAAUAAUAAUUCGAGGAAGAUGUGCGAUUGUUUUUUCCGUUGUGGAAUUGUAAAUUAUUUCGAUAGAUUCGUUAGAAGAUCAAUUUUUUUGUGAGAAACAAUCCAUAUUGUGAAAUAUCGGACCUCAGAACACUCUUCCAUCAAGUUAAGUGCCUGUAGAGCCCAUCAUUCAAUUGGUUGACACAUUUUUGCCACUGCCAAAAUUAAGGGACUGCCAUUUCCAUUGGAGUAUUGUAGCUAAAUGUCACUCGAUGUAAUAAUAAUAUAAGAAUUUUGUAUGAGGACUGCAUGGAUUAAGCCAAGCAAGGACUGUCUUGUGUAGUAUGCCGCAAUUCCUUUCAUGUUUUGUAUUAAAUGUUUAUAAAAAUAUAUAACAUCAAAUUAUACCCACUUUUAUCAUGUAAGUUUAAGUGGAGGGAGAAAAGUUGAAUGAUUUAUUGGAAAUGAUGUGGAAGAUCCAUAAGUUAUCGAAAUUUUCAUUGAUUUAUUCUAGAUAUUUCUACAGCAAGAGCCUUUAAAUUACACCAAUGUAACAACUUCAGAACAACUCAAUAUUUUGUGAGCUCAAUUCUCAUGUUAAGAUUCCCAUAGGUAAAAAGAUCUAAUCAGAAUUUUCCAUUUUCAUCAAACGAUCAUUUUUUGGUAGCAUUCAAAGUAAUAGUUGAAUACUUGAAUACUUUUUUGAAAAUAUAUCAAAUUAAAUCAGAAUAAUCAGGUAAUUCUCCAAGAAUUAUUGUUGGUUUCAUGUUGAUUUAACAAGAAAUCUGUUGAAAUAUGUACUAUAAUGUAAAUAGAACAUUCAGAGAAACCUGAAUUCAUUUGUUGAGAUAUUUAUUAAGUUUACACCUUUUUUCUUGAGUUCUCAAUUGAUGGAAUAUCAAAAUGAACUUUCAAUUCAAUAUUGAUGGUCAAUGGAGAUCAUUCCUGCAAAAACACAUAAACUUACAAAUUAUUUUAAUUGAAAUAUCGAAAGUGCAAUAUGUACAAAAUUUACUAAUUUUACUUUUUUAUAUAUAAUUGACAUAAUUAGUACUGUAUAUCAAGAUGAUUAUUAAUAUUAAUGAAACAUAGGUGUUACUUUUGUACCAAGCAUACUGAUCUGCAGUAUUAUGAAAAUUGAACGACCUACCAACUUACAUUGGUCAGGUUGUAUCAAUGUGAAACCAUAAACUGGUGAAUCUGUCUCAAACAGUUAUGAUAUUGUUGAGUUGUAUUGAUCUUUAAUGUUCAUUAAGUGUACAGAUAACUAGAUUUUAUUUAUAACAUGACUGUUUGAUUCUUGAAUGCCUUUAUCACAGUUGACCUGCAUUUUGACCUAAAAAUCGAGUGUUUGAAAAGCAAUGAACAUGUUCGAUUAAUAUAUUUUGUGCAGUAAACCUUGAAUCGAUAGAGAAAA